GGGUUUAUUAGGGUAAAAGGAUUUUUCUCAUAAGGGUGGAGGAUCUGUGAUGGCAGGUCAAAUUGCACCCGCCCUCUUUGCCAGCCAGCGUUCGAAGGCAGGCAGGCAUCACUAAAAACUACCGUGGUAGCGCUGCGGGAUAAACUAGUUGUCAGGGAUCGGGACGGAGCGCGACCAUGAUGAUACAAUAGCAUUUGCUUGAGCAGUAGGAUUUCGUAGAAAUUGAGGCUUCGGAGUGCGUGGAGUAGGAGCUAUGGAGUACGAGAAGCUGCCGAUGGAGGUGCCUAACGAGGUUCCAGAGACAGGGUUUGUCGAUCCAUUGGGAGCCAAUUCCGCGGGAGUGUUAGGAGGAAGAGGAGGAGGAGGAGGAGGAGGGGGUUUGAUUUCAAAUCUAGGUCCCUCACGCACUGUGCAGCGUCUGCGGAAAGGGCUUGCAUCGGAUAGUUAUGCGCAAGCUGUAGCUGCCGAGUGGGAUUCUUACAAAUCGUCGGUGAUGCAGAGGUUUGCGUCCACAGGAACUAUCACUGUCACGACGGGACUUGAUAUUCUAUCGAAGGAACCUAGAGGGCAUAAAAAGUCUGUGACAGCGGUUCACUUGGAGCAGUUGGAGGAUACAGAAAAGGAAGCUCGUGAAGGAAGCAAAAUAAUCUCACAGCAGGAGUACAUCACUCGACUGCGAGAACUCAACGACGAGAUUGCCCAUGCUUGGUUGAACAAUGAGCGAGUUUCAGCUCUCAGACUAACGAUCAAGGUUGCCAAGCUAUUGAUGGACACUUCAGUUCCACAGUUCUACCCAACACUUUUUGUCCUAGUAACUGAUGUGAUGGACACCGUCGGCAAUUUAGUAUGGGAUCGAAUCAAGAGGAAGUCGGAGGUUGAUGACUGCGACAACCUAGUGGCCUUGCUUCCAGCUGAAUUUACGGCUGACGAUGUCCGGCCUGAGGCAAAAGAAACGUGCAGCAAUUGGUUCUACAAAAUCGGUUGUAUUCGUGAGUUGCUUCCGCGAAUCUACUUAGAGAUUGCGAUAUUGCGAUGCAUAUACUUUUUGGAAAAGGAUCCACCUGUUGCAAGCAUUCGGCGGUUAAACCUUAUGCUGAGGGGGAUAGCUGAUCCUUUAGCUUCCGCUUACGCUCAUCUUUAUCUGGCUCGACGGGGUCAAGUUCUUUUUCCAUCAGAUUCAGGUGAUUCUGAUGCCCCGAAUAGUUACGGUACUUUUGCAGGCUUCUCGCAAAUGCCUGUACCAUCAGCGAUCUCUCAAAAUCGAGAUUAUCUAAUCAACGGACUGAAUGAUUACCUGUUUCUAUUUCGACGGGUGCUUCAAGGAGAGUUUGACAAAAAAAUUAGUGCAUCUGGCAUCGAUCGUCGUUUGUAUGUAACAUUGGUGGAGCCUGUAUUUGAGUGGAUCAUGAAAUGUAUUUUAAAAGGAGCAAAUCAGGAGGAGAUGGCAUUUAUUGUUCAUGCAUUUGGAGAACCUGAGCCGUUGACUCCUAGACGUAGAAGUGGUAAUGGUGGCCAAGAUAAUCAAGAGCCAGUCUCUGUGCUUGUGCAUUACAUGCUGAAGCAGUUACCCUCAGCUUACAUUGCAAGUGAAGCUUUAAAUAUCUUAAAGUUGGUCAAAUCUUCAAAGGAUAUUUCACUGUCGCAGCAUCUUAAUUACAAAUUGCUUGGAGAAAAGCUCUGCGAAUGCAGCCCUCCACGUGAGAAUCAACUCACCAUCCUUAAUGAAGUAUGGAAAGUCGUGAUGACGUAUGCAUCUUUACCUGAGUAUAUUACAGUAGCUGAUGUUUUUGUGGACUAUAUACUUCAGUAUUGCACGGAAGUGGAGUUGGCUGUACUAUUGAAGGAUAUUUUGAAACAUCUACGCAAGAGUGAUGCAUCAGAUGUGGUCCUGAUGUCAUUAGAAUCAAUCAUCUUCAAGCUGGUCACACACUAUACGGAUAUUACCAAAGUGUUGAAUCUGGUGCAUGUUGUGGACGUUCUGGAUGUUUUCUACGGCGAAGUUCGUCUUUCGGUUUUCAAAAGGAUAUUAGCUUCUGUUACCAGGGGCAACCAGAAAAUUAGUGACCCCGUCACACGACACAUUAUUUUCGAGCAGGGUCGUGUUUUGCAUGAUUCACUUGACAGCUUGAGCAGUGAAGAUGACCGCCGCCAAAUUACUAGACUCGUUGCUCGCUUCGUGCAGCUGGUAGAUCUCGGAUCUGACCUGGAGCAGCAUCUUGCUUUUCUUGUCGACUGUCGGGCAGCUUUUGGAAAUAUGGAUCUUCUCCGUGAAACCGUGGUGCAUGUGAGUAAUCGCUUGUCUAUUUCUGCUCUACAAAUGGCUGGAGGAUCGACUGAUAAAGAAACGGUUGAAUUCGUGAAGGCCUGUGUAACCUUCAAUGGGAUUACAAUCCCAUCCAUUACAAGCAUUAUACCCCGCAUACAUCUUUUUCUUGAGACUGCAGAGUCGGCUUUUAUGAAUGGGUUGCUGUCUCACACCGAAGAUCUCAUCAAGACUGCUCUUAAAUGCUUACAAGAUGCAUCUGUUGGUGAUGGUUUGAAGCCAAAGGAGUUUGAGGAGUCCGUUUGUAGCUUCUUACUGAAGUUGAUAUCUUUUCUAACUCUGGUUCCAGGACACGGAGAGCUUGGCCCAUUUUAUAUUCUCAGGGGGAUUCUGACGCUGCUUGACACAAGGACCAGAUUGGUUACUGGGCGAGGAAGGUUGCGGGUCCUGUGUGGAGUUGUAUGCAUGCUUGCAGCAGUUCGUGAAGGGAAGAGUUUUCACAUCACUCUUAAUGAGCAGGUGGAUAACAACGAUGUACUGUACUUUGAAGAUUCUUCAUAUGAAGAGGAAUUGGCAGAGAUUACUGCCAUUGUAGUGGAUAUGUUGGUUACCUGUCUUGAUCAAGACUACGAUAAGGCACAAACUGGAUAUCAGUAUCUUGAUGCUUGUAAUGCACUGGUUACAGCUUUCAGGGUUGAUGGGGAUCUGCAAAUUCUUUGCACUGGGCUUCUGCAGAAAGCAUCAGCUCUCAUGAUAGAUACUGAUGCUUAUUUGCAAGCUACUGCUUGGUAUGUACAAAGAAGAGGAAUAACGUAGCUCGAAAUUCUUCCCUUAGUAUGGCCAAUGUUCGUUACACGAUUUCCUGUAAAUGAGUAGAGGUAACUGUACAAAAUUCUUAUUCGAAUUCUGCGUGUUCUUUUGGUAUCU